AUGGCAAGCCCUGUUAAUCCAUAUAAAGUUAGAUGUGUUGGUGUUAGUGUUUGUCCAUCUUCGCAAGAGGUUGGAGUUAGCUGUUCAAAACCAGAAACGCGUGAAUUCGGUUGUCUUUAUUAUGAAACGGAGUCUGUAACGAGAGAAUGGUUAGACUAUGUUUUCCCCAAUUUGGAGGAUAAAUAUAAGAAGAUUUUGCAAAAAGCCAUACAAAAUUUCUAUCGAAAUCGUGAAGAAUUUGUUAAGUUUUUGUUAUCCGUUAUGAAAAAGUCUGUUUGUCAUAUGAGUACUCAGACUGAAAUAAUUACUCAGUCUCGAGGGUCCUCACCUAUGAAAGAAGAAACUAAAGAAAGUGUUUUGAACGUCAGUUUACUCAACCAACCUCCUCGACUACAUGUUUCUGAGUUCGUACAGGCAAUACCUGUGUCACAUAGUCGAUCUACUAUGACGAGGCGUUACUCUGGGGUUAAUGUUGGUUGUUUAACAGAAUCUCCUGUUCUACGUAGCCAAGGUACCUUAGCGAGAAAAGAUUUAAGAAGUUUCACCACAUGUGGUGUGCAAGUUGAGAGUAACUUGGAAGUAGUUCACAGAGGUUGUGAUCCUAUAUUUUCUGAAAUUCGGCGCAUUGGAUCAUCAACGCAAACAGCUGAAUGGGAAACCGUUUCGUAUAAACCUGAGGCAGUUAAAACUGCUAAUGAAAAACCACAUAAAAAGGACAUUGUCAUGAAAUCCCAGCGGUCAACGGAGUAUUUUGAGAGAGUUGACCAGUUUUCGGGUACUCAGGAAUCUGUUAGCUCAAGUUCUCCUAUAUCUGUCAUUCGGCCUCCAAGGUGUGAUUCUCCAGUGUUAGGUGGAAUUACAGUCUCAUCAUCAAACUGA